AUGACAUCCGUUGAGUUACAACCCUCGUCUUCUCGCUCGGCCGAACAGACCAAGCAGAUUGAGAAGAACGAAGGCUCCAAAGCCGAUAUUGACCUCGUUGAGAGCACCGGGGGCCAGGCGGCCACCUACGGCGAGUCCGUAGCGGCUCGUCUGCCCAAAGCCCAUCGCGACUAUCUGCUUGAGCGCCAUGGCACCCUUGAACUCGAUCCGAUUCCAGGCAUGGGCCCGGCAGACCCGUACAACUGGCCUGAAUGGAAGAAAAUGACCAAUCUGAUCCUGGUGGCUUUUCACGCUUGUAUGGGUACAUUUACCGCCGCAGCCAUCAUCCCGGCCUAUUCAGACAUCGCCCAGGAACUCGGCGUGGGCCUGCAGAAUGCCAGUUAUUUGACCUCGUUGCAAAUUGCCAUCCUGGGAGGCGCCCCUUUGUUCUGGAAGCCGCUGUCCAACCGCUUCGGCCGUCGCCCCAUCUUCCUCUUGUCUCUCAUCUGCAGUCUAGUGUGCAACAUUGGCUGUGCCAAAAGCACCAGCUAUGCAUCAGUUGCCGCCUGUCGGGCUCUAGUAGCCUUUUUUAUCUCCCCUGCUUCUGCUAUCGGUAGUGCUGUGGUGAUGGAAACCACAUUUAAGAAAGACCGCGCCCGCUACAUGGGUGUGUGGACGCUGAUGAUAACACUGGGUGUGCCAAUCGGUCCGUUCUUGUUUGGUUUCGUCACCUACCGUGCUGGGUAUCAGUGGAUUUACUGGAUCCUCGCUAUGAUCAACGGUGGUCAGUUCAUCCUAUAUCUCUUCCUCGGCCCGGAAACCCGCUAUGUGGGUAGUGGUAUCGGCCGUCCAGAGGCAAACUGGAGGGUGGAGUACCUGUCAAUCCGUCGAAUUGAUCCCACUCCUUUUACAUGGUGGGAAUUUGUCCGGCCUCUGACCAUGGCUCGUCACAUGUCCAUCCUCAUCCCCACCUGCGCGUAUGCCAUGGUCUUCCUGUUCGGUAGUAUCCUUGCGACCGUCGAGGUCCCUCAAUUGCUGCAGGAGAAGUUCGAGUUGAAUGCUGAGCAGCUGGGUCUUCAGUUCCUGGGUGUCAUUAUUGGUUCCGUCAUCGGCGAGCAGAUGGGUGGUAUCCUGUCCGAUUUUUGGAUGAGUCGACGCGCACGUCGUCUCGACCGCAAGCCUGAGCCAGAGUUCCGAUUGUGGUUGAGCUACUUCGGAUUCGCCCUGACCAUCAUUGGCAUCAUUGUCUUUUUGGUCUGCACGCAAGAGUCACCGGCCGGCCACUGGAACGUGACGCCCAUCAUCGGCACAGCCAUUGGCGCUGUCGGCAACCAGCUGGUGACCACCGUGAUGAUCACCUAUGCCAUAGACUGCUACCCCCAGGAGGCCGCCAGCAUUGGUGUGUUUGUCACCUUUGUGCGCCAGAUCUGGGGGUUCAUCGGCCCAUUCUGGUUCUCCCCCAUGUUCGAGAACGUCGGCAUAGCACCGAGCGCUGGUAUCGGCUCGGCGAUGGUCGUUGCCGUUAGUGUCAUUCCGACUAUCAUUCUGCAUAAGCGGGCGAAGGUCUGGCGUCGGAACGAAGUCGAGAAGUAA